AUGCGAAAGAAAAUAGAGAAAACAAAAAAAAGUAUCAAUUCCUAUUAUCUUUAGAACCUUGGACUGAUUAUGAAGACACUCAAGUAAUGUAAUUGGUGGAAUAGUAUGGUCCUCAUAAAUGGACUUUUAUAGCUUCUAAAUUACCAGGAAGGAUUGGAAAAUAAUGUAGAGAGAGGUAUUGAAUUUUAUUAAUGUUUUAGAUGGCAUAAUCAUUUGAAUCCUUUAAUUAAAAAGACUCCUUGGGAUUUUAAUGAAGAGUGGCUCCUUUUCUUAUAUCAUAAAGCUAUAAGCAAUAAAUGGGCAGAAAUUGCAAAACAUCUAGAAGGGAGAACAGAUAAUGCCAUAAAGAAUCAUUGGAAUUCUGGAAUGAAAAAGAGAAUUCCAGAAUUCACAGAUAAAUUAUUAGGAAUAAAAUAAUAGUUUCUCUAAAAAGGGUUGUAUCAAUUAAUUUUAUGAAGGAAGGCCUUCUUAUUUUGAUCAAUUUGAGAUUGAGUUUGAAAGAAAAGCUUUAGAAAUUAUCUUUCUCAACAAAACCUAUGUAAGUUUACUUACAGAUUCCGAAGAUGAAGAUGAAGAACCAAAAAAAUAACCAAUCUAAUAAAGUAGAGAAAGCACAGCUAUAAGAAUCUAAUAAUAUGUAGAUUAUAAUAUAAUAUCAAUUAGAAUGAAAUGAGAAAUAGAACUAUAAUUAAACAUCCUAGAAGAAAUAGAAUGCAUAAAAAAUAUUUACUUUUUAAGAAAUAAUAAAAAGAAAAUAAUAAUUCAAAUAAAGAGAAUUUUUUAUAAUGGACACAUACUCCUUAAAAAUAUGAAAAGUAUAAUUAAAUUUUAUUCUAGUGAUGAUUAUUAUUAUACACCAGCUGCAUUUAAUAAAUAAAGGAGAAUGAGUCAUAGUAGUCUUAAAUAUAGUUAACUUUAAAGCUAUGUAAAUGAGAGCAUAUAACAAUAAUAUAACGAAUCCUACAUUGAAAGGGAAGAAUUAAAGCAGAAUUUAUUCCUUUGA